UUACCGCAAAAACAGCUGUGUAACUGUAGAGUGCAUUGGGUUCUUACGAUUUUGUUAUUUAAUAAUUGUGAAAUGUGCAAUUUAAUAAAUUAAAGUAAGGAAAUGCAAGCGCUGAGAAGUACUCGCCCCUGGAGAGGGGCAUAUUGGAGUAGUUGGCGGCGUCUGCUCACCCAAAGCUGCACGGGAACUGAGAACUUGGAGUUAACUAACGAUGUUAAGCACCGGAUUGAAGCUCACUGGCGGGAGCAGCUCGCGGGAGGGCAGUUCAACCCCCGGGACUCGCAGGACAAGUACUACGUGCUCUCCAUGUUCCCCUAUCCCUCGGGCAAUCUCCACAUGGGCCAUGUGCGCGUCUACACCAUUGCCGAUUCGGUGGCUCGUUUCCAGCGGAUGUGCGGCAAGAAUGUGUUCCAACCCAUGGGUUGGGAUUCCUUUGGCCUGCCCGCGGAGAAUGCCGCCAACCAGCGGGGCGUAGAGCCCGCCUCCUGGACGGAGCAGAACAUCGCACAGAUGAAGGAGCAACUCAGACGACUGGACUGCUCCUUCGACUGGAACCACGAGCUGUCCACCUGCAGUCCGCAGUACUACAAGUGGACGCAGCACCUGUUCCUCAUGCUGCACCGCCAUGGGCUGGCCUACCAGAACGAGGCCCUCGUCAACUGGGAUCCCGUGGACCAGACGGUGCUGGCCGACGAGCAGGUGGACGCCAAUGGCUGCUCCUGGCGCUCGGGGGCCAAAGUGGAGAAGAAACUCCUCAGGCAGUGGUUCAUCCGGACGAGUGCCUAUGCCAAACAGUUGCUCGAUGGCCUGGAGGAUCCCACGCUGCGCGAUUGGCGCGAUAUAAUCAACCUGCAGCGCCAUUGGAUCGGAGAAUGCGAUGGCUAUGCCUUCAACCUGCUCACCUCCGCCUCUGGGCUUCUACGGGUGUGGACUGCCCAUCCGGAGCACUUGAAGGAUCCCCAUGCAUUCCUUGUCCUGCGCAGCAAUCACCACCUGUCGAAGCUCGAGGAUGCGGGCAGUCUCACUGCGGAGAAUCCCUUUGCGGGCACCACACUUCCCGUGAUCUUCGGCGACGAGGUAACCUUCCCGCCAAAGUGCGAUGUUUAUCUAGCAGCCCCUAGUUUCCGCGGCGAAGACAAGGAGCUGUGGGAGUCGCAUGGCCUGGCCUUCACCUCAUCCUGCAAGGAGGAAGACGGCGUGAGUCCAGCCAACUGGGAGCUGCUGAGGAAGGAGGUGCUUCAGGCAGCCACUCGCCUCAAUGUGGGCGGCUAUCGGGUGUCCUCCAAGCUGCAGGAUUGGCUGAUCUCACGCCAGCGCUACUGGGGCACUCCAAUUCCCAUUGUGCACUGCGCCAAGUGCGGAGCAGUUCCUGUGCCCGAGGAGCAGCUGCCGGUCUCCCUGCCACCAAAGGAUUCCCCCAAAGAAGCCUUCCUCUGCGAGUGCCCCAAGUGCGGGGAUAAGGAGGCGCGAAGAGAGACGGAUACAAUGGACACCUUUGUGGACAGCUCCUGGUACUACCUGCGUUAUCUGGAUGCCCAGAACUCCGAGCGCAUAUUCGAUCCCGCGCUGGCCAACAAGUUCAUGCCCGUGGACCUGUACAUCGGCGGUAAAGAGCACGCCGUGCUGCAUCUCUACUAUGCCCGCUUCAUGAACCACUUCCUGCACAGCUGCGGCCUCUCGCCCACCAGCGAACCCUUCUCCCGCCUGCUGGUCCAGGGCAUGGUCAUGGGACGCUCCUUCCGGGUGAAGGGCAGCGGACGGUAUGUGCCCGAAGCGGAAGUGGAAAUUGUGAACGCCAAGAAGAACCAGGCAGUGUUGAAGGAAACCAAAGAGCCCGUCGUCAUGACCUGGGAGAAGAUGUCCAAGUCGAAGCUGAAUGGCGUGGAGCCCAGCGAUAUGUUCAAUGAAUAUGGAACGGACACAACGAGACUGAUCAUCCUGGCCGAUGUGGCGCCCACCUCGCAUCGCAACUGGUCCAGUGCAACAUUUCCUGGCAUUCUCAACUGGCAAAAGCGUCUUUGGCUGACCCUGCAGGAUUUCCAAGAGGCUCGCGAGGAUCAAACGCCCUCGGAUGUGGUGGCCACCAGCGAGGAGUUUCUGGCCGAGGACGCCAAGCUCUUCGAUGCCCGCAACUUUUAUGUCAAAGGAGCCACGUUUAACUACCGCCAUGCGCAUCAACUCAGUGUGGCUAUCUCUAAAAUGCAGGGAUUGACCAAUUCCCUUAGGCGCACACCUAAGCAUGUCCUGCGGCAUGGAAAGCAAUUUGAGCGGGCUCUGGCUGCCCAGAUCAUCAUGCUGGCGCCCAUGGCUCCGCACUUUGCCUCCGAGCUGUGGUCCAAGUUUGUGACCAUACCGGGUCGACUGAAUCCCGCCAGCCAGGAACUGCAGUGGAGCGAAGACGUGUUGACCCAACGCUGGCCAGACAUCGAUGCCGCCUACAAUCUGGACCUUAGCAUCAAAGUAAAUGGCUUCGAGAACUGUGUGAUCAAAGUGCAGCGAACGCACCUGGACAAGGUGACGCACAGCGAUGCCCUGGACAUUGCCUUCAACACGGAAUCGGUGACGUCGUACCUAAUUGACAAGAAAAUACGGAACACCAACUUUGUGCUCUAUCCGGGCAUUGAGGCCAUCUUGAACAUCCAUGUGGACAAGGCGCAGAAGGCACAGAAACCGGCUACCAGCGGUGAGGAUGAGGAGGCUCAGCCUAGGGCAUAGGACAGUAUGGCUAGAUUUUUAGUCUUAAAGUAUCCUAGGAGUGCAUAGAAAUCGUUCGAUUAGUUUAAGUAAUAUCUGCCUAAGUCAGAUAGUGAAAUGGCUUAAAGUACUUGACUUUUAACUUUACACUCCCACGAUACUUUAAACUAUUUAAAAGUCCAACAAAUGAACCCACUUAUGGUGCUUAAACCAAACGGAUUACGGAGUAAUGCAUUUCCGGUGUUGGCCAGAAAGACGCCAUCCCAGAUUGGUAGUUUUGAGUCAUGUUUAAUGUUAAAUAUUUAUAAAAAUUGGACUAGUUGUAAGCAGCUGCUUUACAGGAUUGGUAAAUGCCUAGGAUCGUAGGAAUAUAAUGGUUGCUCUAUCUGUGCGCCGCUAUCUAAAA